AUGUUCCACACGUUCCCUAACAAAUCCAAGCCGCAUUCCCCAGUCUCACUGGAGAAGACCUACUCGCUCACUGCACACUAUGACGACUUCCAGGAAGUGAAGUAUGGCAGCCGGUACAGCAGCAAUGGCAUGAGUUUGACACUGGGUGGGUCGCUGGAUCGUAGUGGGCGGUCCCGGGGUGGGGUAGCAGGCGGGGUCAGUGGGAAUAAGCCUCCCAGUACUGAGAGGUGGAGUCACCGUGAGAUCUGCCUGCUCUCUGCUCUGGUGUUUGCUGGUGGCGUGUGCGUGAUCCUGGGCUGCAUGCUGGCACUGAAGUUGGUCUGGCUGGACGCUCAGGACACUCAGUGUGUGCGAGAGUGUGGGACGGUGCGGCGUUCACUGCUGAGGGCUACUCGCUUCGUCCAGGCCAAUGUAGAUGCCAGCGUGGCACCGUGUCAUGACUUCUACAGCUUUGCAUGCGGUGGCUGGUUAAGACGACACGCCAUUCCCGAGGACAAACUCAGCUAUGGUGUCAUCACGGCCAUUGGAGAGCAGAACCAGGAGAAGCUACAGCGCCUGCUGGAGGAACCGGUCAGAAGGAAAGGAUCCAAUAGUGCUGAAAGAAAGGUGAAGGAGUUUUAUCGUUCCUGCGUCAACAUCCAGGAAAUCGACCGGCUCGGAGCCGAGCCCAUGAUGGAGGUGAUUGACAGCUGUGGCGGGUGGGACUUGGCUGGAGCACCGCCUGGUGGUGCGGGCUGGGAAAGUGGCUCCAUACAAACGAGACCUGACUUUAACGAGAUGCUCUAUAGGACCCAAGGGCUGUACAGCACAGGCGUCUUCUUCUCACUUACUGUUAACGUGGAUGAUAAAAACUCGUCACGCAAUGCCAUACGAAUUGAUCAGGAGGGCCUGACGUUGCCUGAGAGGACUUUGUACCUAAGCCAGGAUGAGGACAGUGUGAAGAUCCUAGCAGCCUACAAGGCGUUAAUGGAGCGGCUGCUGAGCAUGCUGGGAGCUCAUAAUGCCACGGUGAAGUCCCGUGAGAUCCUGGACCUUGAGAUGAGACUGGCUAAUAUCACUGUGUCUGAAUUUGAGGAUCAGAGAAAAGAUAUCAGCAGCAUGUACAAUCGCAUCACACUGAAACAGCUCCAACGCAUGGCUCCUGGAUUACACUGGAAGCGGCUGCUGGAUAAAAUAUUCCACGAUAAUUUUUCAGAGGAAGAAGAGAUCGUGGUCCUGGCCACAGACUACAUGUACAAAGUGUCUGACAUCAUCAAGACCACAUCAAAAAGGGUUUUGCAUAACUAUAUGCUGUGGAGGAUCGUGGCAGCGCUCAGCGAACAUUUAUCCACAGGGUUCCGGAGCACGAUCCACGAGUUCUCACGUGAGAUAGAUGGAACCGAACGACAGCAGGAGCUCAACCGGCUGUGUCUCAGUCAGGCCAACAAACACUUUGGCAUGGCGCUGGGUGCACUCUUUGUCCAAACUCACUUCUCCACUCGCAGCAAGGCCAAGGUACAGGAGCUGGUGGAGGACAUAAAGCACUCUCUGGAUAUCAGACUACAGGAGCUUGACUGGAUGGACGAAGAUACCAAAGAGGCGGCGAGAGCCAAGCUCCAGUAUAUGAUGGUGAUGACCGGUUAUCCAGACUUCCUGUUAAAGCCGGAGCUCAUCGAUCAGGAAUACGGGUUUGAAGUGAGCGAGAAGACAUACUUCAAAAACAUCCUGAACAGCAUCAAGUACAACAUCAACCUGUCCAUCAACAAGAUCCACAAGGAAGUGGACAAGAAGACGUGGCUUCUACCACCCCAGGCGCUCAAUGCUUACUAUCUUCCAAACAAGAACCAGAUGGUUUUCCCAGCAGGAAUUCUCCAGCCGACUCUGUACGAUCCAGAGUUCCCACAGUCUCUAAAUUAUGGAGGAAUCGGAGCAAUCAUCGGUCACGAGCUUACACAUGGAUAUGACGACUGGGGUGGCCAGUAUGAUCGCUAUGGUAACCUGAAGCAGUGGUGGACAGAGGAUUCUUACCGAAAGUUCCAGAAGAAAGCAGAGUGUAUCAUCAAACUGUACGACAACUUCACUGUUUACAACCAGCGGGUAAAUGGGCGUCUCACACUGGGAGAGAACAUCGCUGAUCUUGGGGGACUGAAACUCUCCUACUAUGCGUAUCAGAAGUGGGUGAGGGAUCACGGUCCUGAGCAGCCUCUACCUGGCCUCAAAUACACACACGAGCAGCUGUUCUUUAUAGCUUUUGCCCAGAACUGGUGCAUGAAGCGGCGGUCUCAGUCCAUUUACCUUCAGCUGCUGACUGACAAACAUGCCCCUGAACACUACAGGGUUAUCGGCAGCGUUUCUCAGUUUGAUGAGUUCGGACGUGUGUUUCACUGCCCUAAAGGAUCUCCUAUGAAUCCUGUCAACAAGUGCUCCGUCUGGUGACCUUUAUCAUUGACCUCCGACCUCUCACCUGUCCAGACCUCUCUGUCUGUCCUCAUGGAAAACAGCCUCACACAGGAAGAACGAAACAGAAAAGUUUCCGAGAGCUGCUACGAGCUUAAUGUUUUGUUUUUUAGCGUAAAUUCAACAGCGCUGUCAUGGUAACAGUAUACGUCUAGUAUAUACACAGUCACCGAGGCCGUGCAUAUUGAAACAGCACAUUGGCUUGUUAACUAGAUAUCUCAUUGACUAGUGUGCUCUCUAGCUAGCAUAACAAAAUCUAAUGCAAAUGUAUUUUUUAAAUAAUUAAAACAUCUUUGUCCAUCAGAGAAAGAAAGACGCAUUGCCUUCUGGGUAUGUCUCAAAAUCUGGAGGGAACAACUUGUUUACAUUAAAGUUUGAAGUCAGAAGAACUUUUAUCGAUAAACUGCACCCGAGCUGAUUAAAAAACGGCUUUCAAAUGGCAGGAAGUUACAGAAGAACCUUUUCUUUAAUAAUCCACAAGCUUUUUGUUUUUCAGUGCUGCUUUCCUACACAUCUU